AUGGGCCUUUUCCGCCUGGGAGCAAACCCGGGGUUCCGUUUAGACAUGGCCAGGCUGUCACACUCGUCUGAACUUCCCUCUGACUCCGACUCCUUGCGCCCACUAGCAUCUCCUGCCUAUGAAGAUGUGCCCAUGUGGAAUAUCCUUCCAUCGUACCAACUCUAUGAAUCGACGUUCUCCAAGAACAUCGAUCCGCUGAGUGAAGACCUACAUGGUGCUCCUCCAUUAUAUGAGGCCACCUCACCGCCAAGUACUCCCGGUUCUGGGCCCCACGACUACUUUUCUCAACCGUCUGCUCCUAAUCGAUGGGAAAAUAGCAUAUUGGCCAACACUCAUCGGUUAAAGCAAUUGUCGUCGUUUGCAUCGCUGCUUGCUGACCUGUUGAAGGUGGAUGUCUUUCUUACCACGUCUCCUGGCCGCCGCGGAGUAAGCCCGACCCUCUACGAUGGCCAGGAUUACGAGUUUCUGCAAGGUGACCUGAUCCACGGAUAUGUCACCAUCAUCAAUGUAUCGAGCCAACCACUUCCAUUUGAUAUGUUUUCUGUGGUAUUUGAGGGCCGUGUCACCGUCAAUGGCGAGGAAGGCGAGUCUAAGAAACCUAUAGUGUUCUAUAAGUUCUUGAAUAUGUUUGAUUUCCGUGCUUCUUGGACUCCGGCCUAUUUGGACGACACCAUUUCCGACCUGGACGCCAUAGAUCCUACCGAUGGAACCUCUUUGAUGUUUCCUACCGAAAAGCUCUUUGCUCCGGGAGUCAAGUAUAAGAAAUUCUUCAACUUCACCAUCCCAGACAAACUCUUGGAUUGUGCUUGUGAGGUCCAUGAGCUCGAUCAGCACUGCAAGUUGUUGCCCUCAGUUGGUUUGGACAAGGAGCAAUUCCUACAGAGAUUGAGAAAACUUAGAGAAAAGCCCACCAAGCCCCAAGGUGCAACUUUCGGCAUUGGCCCUCCGACUGAACCAAAACCACUCAGACUGAAAAGGGGUCCCACUCAAAGCAUAAGAUUUAGAGACUUCUGCUUCCCGGACACAGCAAUCAGCUACUGUGUAGAGGCUAGAGUGGUGGGCAAAUUGUCUGACUACGGAGGGUCGCCGGACUCAUCCAAAGAUGAAUAUAUCAUGGUCAAGGAGAGCAAUGCACCUGUCCGCAUGAUUCCAAGAACUUUGGCAGCAAUUGAAACCGAAGCAGUAGAGGACUUUUACGAAAAAUUCGUUCAUAACAUCCAGAACUGCAUUGCCUUGGGCAAGCAGCUUGAACUGGGGGUGGAUCCACUGGCAUUGGCCCGACGGGGUUCCGUGGCCAAGAAUGGCCAACUCUACACUCCGGUGCCUCAUCAGUCUCUGUCAAGUGGUUCACAAGUGACGGAGUCAUUCUUACCUUACAAGAAGAAGCUUUUAGCACAGGCCCCUAAGGUGUUGGGCAUGCUCUCUGCAUCUACUCCUAAAGCAGACUACGUCUUACUGUACUCACCAUUAACCACUAUGAGCACUAUGUCCUCGCUAGCACGAAACAAAAAUACGAAGUUGAGGAUUCCAGUUACAGUCCGCUAUUCUUCAAGUGACGUCAAGAACGGGAAGCCUCCAGAAAUCAAAGGCGUGGGUGCCGAUAUCGUAGCAUGUACGAUCCGGUCCAAAAAGUAUCCAAUUCCAGUUGAAUUUCCAACCAGUGUUGUUGUGGGUAGCGGCGGAAGCAACGAUGGGUUCGAGAAGAAUGUGAUCCAACCAUUCACCAAGCAACUCAAGGAAGUGCUCUCGCUCAGCCAGAAAAUGGAUCCCGUAAGGUUUGACAUGAGCAACCAAACAAUUAUGGAUAUCAAGUCGCUUGCACAUUUGGGAGUCAAGUAUAACAAUCUCAGGAUCGACGAUGUGGUUGCGAAGAGUGAUGGGAAACUUGGCCGUUGGAAUGAAUCCAAGGACACUGCAGGAAGUUACUACAAGGAGAUCGUCGUGGAGGUUGACAUCAAAAGUUUAUUCGCAAAAGAUAGGGGCCUGCUGGAGGAUGUUCUGGCCCAACCAGUUUGUCUAGUUCCCUCGUUCCAGAGUUGCAUUGUAAGUCGCUUCUACUAUAUUACUGUGUACGUGAAGUUUGUGACUGGUGACCCAUUGGCAAUCAAAGUGGCGGUUGAAAUCAAAAAUAUGUUAGCAUGA